UCUCUUUCCACCCCUGUAUUUCCUCCGCCGAACCCUUCUAUUCCUUCUGUUUGCCUUAUCUUCUUCAUCCGAAAGCCAACACUCCAAUCUUCUUCUUCAACCGGAAGCCUCCACCAAUUCAUAUUAUUAAUCAUGUCAACUGUCCGUAUAAACUCAUUCAGUCAUUCCUCAUCCGGUCGAUUAUCAUUUAUUUCCCCUUUCAUUUUCAGAUAUCUCCGAUCAAUCUCACAGCGUCCAUCUCCUCUCAAUUUUCCGCCUUCCUCCAUUAAUCUACUGCUACUCUUUCUACCUUAGAAACCUGUCACCUAUAUAUGGUUAUUAUCACAAUAGUUUCGUUUUACAAAAAAUGGCUGCACAUUCCGCAGUCAAACACAUUGUAUUAGUCCAGUAUAGGGAACUGGACCGCUUCACGGCUCCAUCGUGUCCAAGCUAUUUGGAAACCCUCCACACCAAGCCGGCAAUUGUUGCUGUAAUUGAAGAGAUCGACAAGCUUCGUCUGCCUCUCCCAGUGGAAGAGGAAGUCGUCAUUCCCGAGCUUAGAGGCAGAGUCGCAGUUGUUAUGUCAUUUCCUCCUCACCUCAUAAAAGUCACGAAAUCCAGAAUCAUAGUGCAGACAAGGAGGUACAAGGGGAGAAAAUAUGGGCAGAAAGUAGUCAAAGGAAACACUCAACGAAGGUUCUGAUUUUCUUCUAUAAGUAUCACUAUUUGAAGACAAGGUUGAACGUCGUGAUUAGCACGUGAAGAUGUCUAGGCUGCAGUUGGAGCAGCCAAGCCGUAGUAGCUAGAUGAUUUGCUACCAGAUAUCGCUUGGAGACUCAAAGUUUAUGAUUUUAGAUUGAGUGCUCUUUCCCAGCACAUCCGGGUAAUCCCAUAGGCCAUAGUUAUACCCCCUUACCCUUGCAAUGAUUUUCUCAUAAUAAUAAUUCAAAAGUAUUGCAGUUAAAAUUUGUGGCUGAAUUCUGAGAUGUAAGUUGUGAUUAGGUGGUUGUUUGGCAGCUACUCCUUACUUAUCAUCCUGAAUUGAAGAUGAAUGAGUUAUAGGUGCCAUUAGGAAGAUUGAGAUACUAAAGCCCACUGAUAUAAUAACGAGGUGAUGAAAGCAGUACUCAUAUUAUAUUAUUAGGAUAAACUUUUUAGUAUGAUUAUGAUAGUGCGAUUGAAGAAAAGAUAUUCAAUUAGAUAUUCAUUCUGUGUGAUUGUAGCAAUCCAGAAUUUGAAAAUCCUAUUAAUUGACUAGCUUCAUUAUUUGUUACUAUAAUUGCUAACUUGCAGAGUUUGGCAAAGAUGACCCUGUGAUCAUAGAGAACCAUGGUGGAGGUGUUUAUCAACAAACUAAAACAAAUGGAAGACAAGAAGAUCCAAUCUAAAUAAAAAUCUACAACCACUGAUUAUAUAUGAGCCAGUUUUUUCAUGUAUUUUAGAGGUUCCGAAACUGUUAUUACAGUCCCUAUUUCAUGUGCUUAUAAAUUCAACCUCAAGUAUGAAUGCUAGCAACUAGACAACUGCAUGGUAUACUUUGUUCUAAUACAAGUAUGUGUGAUGAUGGUGGAUCGGUCUGGUUCUGAAUUCCUAAUAGUCCGGUUUCCUAUUCCCCUCCACAAGAACCGAUACCGGGGUUGGACUGUUGGACCGGUUCCUGUCGGGAUAUAGUGGGGUUCCCUAUGAU